GUAGGAAGUUGCCCUACCAAACUUCACUCGCACCACACAACCACCCAAAACACGCGCCGACAACCAUUUUACAACCAUUGCAUGCAUUAUGGCGUCCUGGAUACUUAAUCAAUCCAAUUUAAAUAUUUUCACGAGACUCAGAGUGUUGCGUCUCAAUUCCCGCCAUGGCGGAAAGCCGGUCCAGCGUGUCACCUUUUCGCAACUGCACUCCCUCAUUCCACGCUCUAGAAGCUAUAACGCGAUCUCCGCAGGCGACAUAGCCGCUGAGAUGAAAAUCCUCAGCAGGUUCAAACGAGACUUUAGUGUCUUGGAUUACUACACCAAAGGCCGCGCCAAACUGGAUAUUCUUGAGCCUGCGAAUUCGGACAGUGCUCUGACCACAUUUUCGAGGACGAAGGCGACGGCGCCAAUAUCCUGGGUCCCGCUGUCAGUCGAGACCGAGCUCGUAGAGCCAGCCAGGUGUCACAUCUCGAAUCACAAGGACGAGCUUGCCAAGCUGACCACGAUCGAAACCCCGUCCGAAAUUUCCGGCCGCUACAUCGUCAAAGUGUUUUGGUACCUGAUGGAAUUCCCCAUUGAGGCCGCGCUGGCCCAGGUCGAGAUGCCUGGCGAGUGGUCGCUGCAGUUCGGAUCCGAAGUCACCCCGGGAGAAGCCAGCAUCGGCCGCGUCGACGUCUUCCUAAGAUUAUUUCACGGCGGCAAGCAUGUUUCCAACCUAGCGGUCCUAAACAUCAGGGACUCGAGGUCUGUCAUGAAGCAGGCCGCUAGUCUCAAGUCCGCCGUAUCGCCGCACGCAAAUCUCCGGGACGCCCUAGCCAAGACCGAGCCCACGGAGCCAUCGAUAUUCCGCGACAUCUCAGCCACAUACGCACAGCAGGCGGCAGAGUACGCGGCAGAGUACGGCUACAAGCACGUCGCCUUCUUCGACUAGUACUCGCUAUUUAUUUUCCAGUUCGACGCAUUGGAUGUGUUGGAUUUCACAUCCAGACCGAAAAAAAUGGAGUGUCUAUCGUGUUCAAAAAAUUGUCCUCCCCCGUAGGAAAGAAGUGCCCACC